AUGGGACUACAUUCCCUACACGUGUUCAGUUUAUUUCUUGUCGCCCAGUUAACCAGGCAGACUAACGGUCGUACUGAUCCCGGUAACAACGGGUUUCAGAAAGAACUGACAUAUGCGAUCAAUGAGGAGUCUGAGGUGGGAUCGUUUGUGGGAAAUCUCAAGUUGGACGCGGAACGUAAAUUUCUUAUCCCCUACAAUCAAUUGACAAGAUUUGAACUGUACGACGAUACGAGACAGGGUUAUUUUCGAGUAGAACAAGACACAGGGAAACUAUUUGUUGCUGCCCGAAUUGAUCGAGAAACAAUUUGCCCACAACCGGACGCUUUGAUCCCGGAGACAAUGCCCACUUAUCCCGAUGAUUUGUGGGCAUCUGUACCCACUCAACAGGACAGUGAUCAGUCUGAGGGCAGUGUUUGUCAGGUACAUUUGGCGUUGCAUAUUGCUCAACAAUACUGGGUGAAUGUAAUCGUCACAAUUCACGAUAUCAAUGAUCAUAAACCCUACUUUCCCUUGGGGCCAUCUGGGCUCGGACUGCCAGUAUACACGGUGAACGUCUCGGAAUCAGUGACAGCAGGUUAUGAAAUUCCUCUUGUCGGAGCCAAAGACGCCGAUGCUGGAAUCAAUUCGGUUCAGAGCUAUAGUCUUCGUGGUGCGGAGUUGGACCCAGCCUUAUUCGCUAUCGCUUACAAACCUCCGUUCACACUAAAUCUCGUUGUGCUACAGGAGCUGGAUGCAGAAACCAAGUCUACAUAUACAGGCGAAUUGAUCGCCUGUGAUGGGGGUCAGCCACAACCACAAUGUGGUGUUCAACCAUUUCAAAUUAUUGUGAAUGAUUUAAACGACAACAAACCGGUGUUUGCCAAAUCUUUGUACGAGGUCGAGGUAGAGGAGACUUUGCCAGUCAAUUCCACGGUUAUUCGGUUAAAUGCGACAGAUGCGGAUUCCGGUCCGCGUGGGGAAAUUCGCUACGUGUUUGGACAACCAAUAAGCCAAGCUGUACUUCACCAUUUCUUUUUGGAUUCGGUUAUCGGAGAGUUGACCACACGACGACCAUUAAAUGCUCGUGAAAACCCCCGCUUCCUCAUUCCGGUCCUCGCUAAGGACGGUGGAAUCGUACCCCUCAUUGGUCAGACCGUGGUACAGAUCACCGUGCGAGAUGUGAAUGAUCACGAUCCUUGGAUCGAAAUUCGUGCCGUUCAGUCUGUCGGACAGCAGGGUGCAGGAGAUAGACAGGUUGAACAAAAUAUCACUCUUUUCGUGCCCGAGAAUCAACCGAUCGGGACCAAUAUCGGUCUUCUGAUUGCUGGAGAUGAAGAUGUGGGUGAGAACAGUGCUGUGGUUUGUCAGCUCAAAUCCAAUCAAGAUCGAUUCUAUUUGGAACAUGCGAACUCGGCUAAGGGACGUGAAAUGUAUCGUUUGGGAACAAAUCUUUCAUUUGAUCGUGAAUCGCUGCCGAAUGGAAUAGUCUAUGUGGAUGUAUUGUGUGUCGACGGUGGGAAACCGAAACGAUCAACGGAGCGUAAAAUUCCGGUUCAAAUAUUGGAUGAAAAUGAAUUCGCGCCGGCGUUUGAUCCUUCGAAAAAGAUACAGAAUGUGUAUUUGGAAGAGGGAAAAGAUGUGGGAACUUUUGUCACUCAAGUCCAAGCGACAGAUGCAGAUGCCACGCCCAAAAUACAAUAUCACUUGUCACGCGAAGCCCAGAACCUAUUCCACAUAGAUGCCGAUACCGGAAUCAUAGUGACUCGGGUGGUGCUGGACCGGGAACAGAUGCCUAAAAUCCGAUUCAGUGUUUUUGCCACGGACCACGAUCAAAGUGAUCGCCAAGCCGCCCCGGCUGUGGCGAAUGUGACGGUGCAUUUGGUGGACAUAAAUGACAAUGCGCCUGAACUAACCGGAAAUCGAGCUUUCCACAUAGUGGAAAAUCGCCCCGGGUUUUCCGAUCUCGUUGGUCAGUUGACUUCAGUAGACAAAGACGUGGGAAACAACGGCACCGUACGUUAUCGUCUUGUUUCAGUGUCCGGAAAUGGGAAUCCCCUGGUGAACGAGACCUUUAUGCUUAAUCCUGACUCCGGUAAACUUUUUACAUUGCAUAGCUUGGAUCGGGAAGAAUACAGCCAAUAUGAGCUCACGGUAUUGUUGGAAGAUCAGGGCACACCAUAUAAACUAAACAGUACCGAAUCUAUCACAGUUGAAGUAUUGGACGAGAAUGAUAAUGCCCCGGUGUGGGGUGAUCCACUACGAAUUAUGACUACAGUCGAACACCUGCCAACACCAGAGGCACUUCGUAAAAGCUCACGAAUGUUGGGAUUGAGUAAGCUAAAAGACCUUGGUCUGCUGAAUGCCACCACACCGUUCUAUCAUGGACAGAAAAUAGCAAAACUCACUGCUACCGAUCCGGAUGCCCCACACAAUGCGAAUCUCUCCUAUCAUCUAUUGGCCACUUAUUUCAUACCAUUCAACGAGGAGUUUAAUGUGAUUGGAGAACACACCCAACUGGUUUCCUCCAAACCGGCCCCGAAUGUGCCAACUCAUUUCAAAUUAGCUUCCGCCACCGGAGAUUUGUUUAUCGGUCCCGGGUUGGGUGGUGUCGGUUCGGCCAAGGGCGGUUUGGCUGAAUUGUAUUUUCGUGUUUGUGACAAUGGAAAUCCUCCCCUAGAUUCUUCCGCACGACUGUUUAUUCAACUCACAGCCUACAGUUCCAAUUCAGCCGCACUGGAUUCCACCAGUGGCGGUUUUCUCAGCUACCUCAUUUCAACUGGACAUUUGGGUAUAGCUUUAAUUGUGGUCUUAUUUGUAAUCAUGUGUUUGACAUCUAUCUGUCUGGUGGUCGCGUUUACUACAAUUCGUCGGAAAUCCCCCGGUAACGCAUGUGAAUGUGCCUGCUGUCCUUCCAGUCGACGCAAAGCACUUCGACCCUGUAUGGACAACGGAUCGGUACAACAUAAUUCCCAGUUCACGGCUGAAGAGACAGGUAUCACGUUCGACGGUCAACUGAGUGCUCUGGGGCGGGUCUAUCGAAGCCCUAAGGCUCAGUCUGUGUUCUCAGAUGGUGCCAGCUUGUACAAAUGGAUACCGGAGUGUAGCUAUCCGAUGGGAAAUUUCGGACCGCCACCAAUUUACAAUUUGCCACUGCUUAGCAGCACGAUUGAUCGAAUGCAUUCUAGUCACACCGGGAGUGAUAAAAGUGGAAUGGCCUUGCUACCCUGUGAAUUCCCCUGCUCUAGUAGUCAUUCCUAUGAUGAACGGGGAUCGAGCGAGGAUCACGGACAAGACACAAUAAUGGGUCGAUGUGAGACUCAAAUUUUAGUCAGGCGUCCAAUUUUAGAGGUGAACCGUGGAGCCCAGUCGAUAGACGGUUGCAAACGAACGGAUCAUCUAUUAUCGAAUAAGGUAAGUCAUUUGGUAUUCUCAGUUCUCGGCAUAUAUUUAUACUAA